AUGGAACAGUUGAAUAGUCUGGAAAAAAGUCUCCCGCCAGAGGGUCCUGUGAACGACCAGAAUAUCGAUAAGCUAAACCGCCAGGUUACACAAGAGUUCAAAAUAGCCGCCAACGCGGUGACCAGUCUGUACAGGUUGUCGUCGGAGAGAAGCUCACUUAGUAGACACAUGGGGUAUGUGGAGUGUUUGGGGGACGUUUUGGAGCUUUUGGAGCAAGGUGUUUCGACACACGAAUUGGCCAAAUGGUGUGAAGAUAGGAAACAAGAAAAAAGCGGACAAAAUGGCGUCUUAGAGGAUUCCAAAUGUUCUUCGUGGGACCUUGACAAGUCUGGAAAGAAGGGGUCCGAGUCAAGUGACCAGAUUGCGGGUUUGACGAGUCCAACGUUUCGGUUAUCAAAACCUAUUAUGUCAGUGGAAAGACCGCCCAGACGGUGUGUGGUCCCGGAGCUCACAGAAAGGUUCUUGCAACAAAGAGAAAAACCCGAUCGGAGAAGCAAGAAGAAGAGAACCAAGUGA